GCAUCGCUUGGUUCUCUCCCUCACAUUCAUCCACGACCGCUCGGUGUGGCGUGCUGUACACAGGUGACGUUAUGCCUCAGGAUGGUAUGAACUAUGAAGGCAGAAGAAAAGGAGCACAUCACAACUCCUGUGUAGUGAACAGUCAGGUAUCAGGGACAGAUUUGGGAAACGGAGCUGUUGUUUAUAAUGGCUUCCCAGCUGCUCCCGGUAGAUACAGUCAGAGGAGACCAAACGGCUCAGAGAACUGCACCAGACCAGAGUUUGGAGUUAAUGGUUAUAUCAACUUUGAGUACAGAGGCAAAAGUAGGAAAGCAGUGCCAGCAAGGACAUUCAGGAAACAAGAAAACAUGUUGGAUGCUGUCACUGAUGCUGCAGCAUCUGGCAGGGUUGUCAGUGCAGGUAUUAAAGGUGGUACCUCGGUGAAUGGAGACGCUGUAUCUGAUCAAAUGACACCAGAGCUGAGCUUCCCAGCAAAAGCAAGGAACCAGAAAAGAAAGAAGAGAUUCAGUUAUAAAAAGAGAGACACUAAAGUCAAUGGUCCAGGGACCCCCACACCCCCACCAAUGGUGCCACAAGAGAAGGAAGACUGGGAAAAGGAGAUCCAGGAGGUAACACUGGCUGACUGGGAAAAAAUUUGCUUUGGGAUGUGUCCCUAUGGUCCAGAAGACUUGCUCCACUUUUCUUUGCGAGAUUUGACACUGAAGCAGCGAGACUCAGUCCCCCUGCCACUGACAGCCAAUUACCGUCCAGCCAUACACCACCCACACCCCAUCAAGUGGUCAUGCUUCAGUGUCUCUACUGAGCCAGACCAGUUCUCAGAUGCUGAUGAGUAAGCCAGACAUAUGCUGUUUUGUUAGUGGAUUUUUAGGAAGCAGCGUUCACUUACAAAACUUAACUGUGAGUUCUGAUGUAGUUCAUCAGGUGUAACUGAUGAUUGGAUUCUGGAUAGUAACCAUGCUCUGAUAUAUUUUUAGUCAGUCUUUUUUCCUCUUGGCAAAAAAAAAAAAAGUAUUAGCUUUAAAAAGUUAUCUUGUUUUUUGCAAUUCAGAGAUACACUUAUCAAAUAUGUUAGCAUUAGCUUAGGUGCAUUCUACCAUGCAGUCAUGUUUUUUGAAUCGUAGGUUUUAUUUGGAAUUUAUAUUCAGAUUUUAUAUUUGUUUUAUAUUGUAAAAUUUUAAUUUGUUACACUUCUGUGAUCUUAAAUGAUUUUAGCUAUCUACUUUACAUUUUUGUUGCAGCAUUUUAGUGACAGUUGUUACUAAAAUUGCUUCUGCUGUUCUUCCAUUUCAUACCCUCAUAAUUUUCCUCCUCUUUCAAGACCUGAAAUAACUGCUUUUAUUUAUUUGUUUCUAUUUUAAAAAUUCUACAUUUGAAUAUUUUAGUCGAAGAAGUUUCUCUUUUGAGGUUUCCAAUUAAUUUUACUCUUUAUCAAUUGCAAAUGUUCAUAAAAAGCACAUUAAGCAGCUUUUUUAAAAUUUGGCAUAUUCUGCCAAACAAGGAAUUAUGGUUUUGAUUUUGUAACAGCAAAACAAAUAGUUACAUGCUUGUUCAAACACUCAUUUUCAAAAGUACAAUAAAUUGAUUUUUCUUGGACCUCUC